GCAUGUGAUGAGGAAACCAGUACACUCAUUUUAUUAACCCUUCACUUCCAUCCAUUUUCAUCCGUUGAUUCAUACCACGAUGCCGAUUAGACAGAUAGCGAUCGGGAGGCCGCACGAGGCGACUCACCCCGACACCUUGAAGGCGGCGUUGGCUGAGUUCUUCUCAACCCUAAUCUUCGUGUUUGCAGGUGAAGGCUCAGGGAUGGCCUUCGCUAAGCUCACCGGAGGCGGCCCAAGCACGCCUUCCGGCCUUGUUGCCGCCUCCAUAGCUCACGCCUUUGGCCUUUUCGUGGCGGUUGCUGUUGGCGCCAACAUCUCCGGCGGCCACGUCAACCCUGCCGUCACCUUUGGCGCCUUCGUCGGCGGUAACAUAAGCCUUCUCCGUGGAAUCCUCUACUGGAUUGCCCAGUUGCUUGGCUCCGUCGCCGCUUGCUUUCUCCUCAAGUUCUCCACCGGCGGCUUGGAGACAUCUGGGUUUGCACUAUCAGGAGUGGGGGCUCUGAACGCAUUAGUGUUCGAGAUAGUGAUGACCUUUGGGCUAGUGUACACGGUGUACGCAACGGCCGUGGAUCCAAAGAAGGGCAGUUUGGGAACAAUUGCACCUAUAGCUAUUGGCUUCAUCGUGGGAGCUAACAUCUUGGCCGGCGGCGCCUUCACCGGCGCCUCCAUGAACCCCGCCGUGGCUUUCGGCCCCGCCGUCGUGAGCUGGAGCUGGGACUGCCACUGGAUCUACUGGGUGGGGCCCCUUGUGGGUGGAGGGAUUGCUGGCCUUGUCUAUGAUCUCCUCUUCAUCCCUCAACACCAUGAAGCGUUGCCCUAAAACGCAACGAGGGGUAAUAAUGUAAAUGCAAUGGUUCUAUUCACCCACGGCUAUUCCCAUUAUGGUCUAGUUUUAUUUAUCUGUUUAUGUAUGAUCUUUGAGUCAAGUUUUAAUUUAUUUGAAUUUUGGAUAUCUAUUGUGUGAUUGGUGGUGGGUGUAGGGCCCAAGGUCAUUUCUGUAAUUAUGUAUGUGUAUGUUCUAUUCAAGAUCUUGGAUUUUGUUUCAAUUCCAGAUAUUCCCAUUCCCACUUUA